GCCACUCUUAGUCGCUCACAUUCUCUCUAUGACGAGGGAACAUCAAUCCCCAAUCCCCAAUCCCCAAGCCCCAUCCGCCGAUCCCCUUCCUCCCAGCAGCGUCUUCCUUCACCGUCCACAUCACGUCGCCAACUCGCCGAACAGAGCCUCACGGACAGCACCUCGGCGCGGUCCUCUCUCCCUCCCUCCCUCCUUUCGCAGUUCACAGUCGCCGUAUCCCUCCCUCGCGUCGCAACUUCUCCCUUUCCCUCCCUCGCUCUCGCAACCUCUCCCUUCCUUCCAUCGCAGGUGAAGCCGCCGUCGUCUGUCGCUCGUCGCUCCUCGCCCGUCAGUCACACUUCAAUAACGUCGUCCAUCGUCGUUCGCGCUGCCGUCAGUACAGUAGCAUUCCUCUGCAUCUAGAAUAGGGAUGCCUCUCAAGUAAGCCAACAUUGCCCACAAAUUUUGAGGAGGUUAUAUGGGCAAAAUUGAAGUUUCUAUUUGUGCUAUAUUCUUGAAGACCCGACUCUUGUGAUUUGGAAAAGCUUUAUCAGGCUGUCAGUGAUCUUUGCAUAUAUAAAAUGGCUGGAAAUCUUUAUCAGCAAAUUGAAACGGAAUGGAAGCACAUAUAUCUACUGCUUUGUAGUCUUUGGUUGGACAAAGCCUAGAUUUGGUUGUUUUUCUAUCUCUAGUUGAGAGAUGUUGGCAGGAUCUUUGUGACCAAAUGUUGAUGAUUCGGGGUAUAUUCUUGUAUCUGGAUAGGACAUAUGUGAAGCAAACAGCAAAUGUACGGUCCUUAUGGGACAUGGGCUUACAACUUUUCCACUAACAUCUUUCAUUAUCUCCUGAAGUUGAACAGAAAACUGUUACCGGUCUUCUAAGAAUGAUUGAAAGUGAAAGGGAGUGUAAAUACAUGCAGCAAUCAGAUGCUCCAGAUUAUUUGAAGCAUGUGGAGACAAGAUUGCAAGAGGAACAUGAUAGAUGCCUGAUCUACUUGGAAGCGAGUACUAGGAAGCCGCUGAUAGCCACAGCAGAAAAGCAACUUCUUGAACGCCAUAUACCUGCCAUUCUUGAUAAGUUUGACCACAGUAUAAGUGACAAUAUUGGUAAAACUAAAGGUGGAAUUGGCGGACAUGUUCUUUGUGCAAUUGAUAUGCCAAGUUUUAGGUGUUUGCAUUUUUUUUAAUUUUCAAUGUGAAAUGAGGUACCGAGAUGUGUAUUUUUCACUUUUGCUUGCUUAGUUUACUAAGUCAUCUUAUUUCAAGCUAUUGAAAAGAUAGAGUAGGAAUUUGAUCAAGCCCAAAUGCUUGGUUAUUAUUAGGUUAAGCUUCAAUACUUACUUUCUUGAAACAUGGUUUAAACCUACUUUUUA